AUGUCAUCCUCAACCUCUCGACCAUCAGAGAGAUCCGCGCCCGCCAACCCAGCCGCCGGCCCGCCCCCCGGUCCCAACAAUAACCCGGGUUCGGACAGAUCCGGUUCCGGUUCCGCCGGCGGCGGCGGCGGCGGCGGCGGCAUUCCGGCUCCCAGUAGUUCGACUUCGGGUAAUAGCGGCCCGGCUCCCCCCCAGGCCCUUGCUUUCCUCGUCAGCGACUCGACGACGUCCAGCGGGUCGCCCUCCAGCGUCGCGGCUUCUAAUAACCGUGCACUUGUUGGUGGUCCUCGCGAGGGUGAGGGCGAAGGUGAGGGCGGCGGUGGGGGCCGGAGCGGGGGCGGUAGGGAUGGCGAGAGCGAGGGGGAAGGCGGCGAAGGAGAGCUAGAGUUGAAGAAUUGGGAAGAAAAAGGUCCAUGGCAAUUGGCCGACCAUAGCGAGAAUGUACACAUGAAUCCCGUAAAGACAGGAAAGGAGUGA